AUGGCCCUGGGUUCAACAUAUCACAAGAAAAGCUCCCCCCCGAUGGCUGUCUCUACGUCGCUGGAAGGUCUAGAGAUAGGUGUUCCUCCGCCGAAGCGCUCUGCCCCCUGGCUAGAGAAGCCGUUGCCAAAACUUCCAGGCCGAACAUCCAGCAUGGGAAGCGAAGACAGCGGCGGCGGAAUCGUGCUAGUUGACUACCACAGCCAUAAUUACCAUGAUGUUCAUCAUAAUCAUCACGACGAUCAUGCGACCGCCCGAAAACGCGCACAAUCCGAAUCUCCAGAGCCCUCAGGGCGAUUCUACCGGCGACGAAACAUAGCGCACCGAAACUCGGUGGUCCGUACUCAAGAGGGAGGUUCGCUCAGCUUCAAAAAUCUCUUGGCUGAAGAGCCAUAUGGCGUGGGCACGCAUCUGUCCAAGGCAAACCACUACUUUCGCGAAAAGAAAUGGGACAUCUUCCCAGAACUUGCACCGCCGCAAUCGCAGUCCAUCUCACCUAUAUCAUCGACUACUUCCAAUAGUACCCACAAAUCAUCACGGAGAAACAUCACUGGACCCAAACCACCAAGAGGGCUCAGCCGGCAGCAGUUCUAUCAUGAAGGCGAGGUCUUUGGCAUCAACCUCAAGCCAGUUGCCACUCAAAUACAGCAGACCCUAGUGAACAAGACAUCGCAGUUGCGAUUGCGGAAGAGGACCGGUCAGGAAGAGGGAAAAACAGAAGUUGGCAUAUCAAUGCCCCCGCGAUCCCGGAACAACUCUUCUGCUACGAAUAACUCGGACACAACAACGCUCGUCGGCAUUAUCGAUAGCUCUGACGUCAAACGCGGUAUAGCCGUGGUGCGGCAGCGCAUGCGAGAGAUGUCACCCUGGAGCCGCCCUGAGUCUAAUGAGGAGGACCACGAUAGCCGUGAAGGGUCAAUAUCGCUAUGGAAAAGUACCUCUACAUCUGUUCAGAACCUGGUGUCUCAGUUAGAGACUAAAAUGCAAGGGUCAAAGUUGGCAAAAAGCUUCACCCAGCCUGUAAACGCGCACUUGAGCGAUGCAGCAUCCGGACCAGCGAUUGACCAUGACCAUGACGAUAACCACGAACCUCACCGCGACCCUGAUGAGCCUGAACCAGAGCCUGAGAUUCAGGCUCUUCCCAAAGUGGCCGGAAAGCCGGUUCUUGCCAUACAAACCCAUUUCGACGCAUCUGUGGUCUCACUACUUGAAUACUCCAAAGCCAUUCGAGCAAAGAGCGGCUACGUCCUCAUCGCCUUCGACGGGGCGAAAAAGAAGCUUGCUGCGAUACAAGCAGCGCGGCGCCGGGCUGAACUCAAGAAGAACAUCCGCGUCGUCGGCCCAAAUGAUAAAUAUCCCGGCGGUUCAGACAGUCAUUGGGUUUGA